AUGCGACCACUUCCCGCGCGCCGCAACCCGCACCUCCAAGGCAGUAAUUGCCCGGAAUAUGAGGAACUCGUCGCGCGCCGCCGCCUGGGGAGGACAAACCUCGCGGUCGCCCCAGCUAAAAUUGGCUCCUCGAAUGCGACUAUGCCCUCGAACUUGGGCCCAUUCGAGUAUGCCCACCUCAGAGCGCCUCUUCCGGCUGACCUGAAGGGCUCUGAGAUCUUCUCUCCUAAGCAGCAUCACAUUGACUCCUACUUUCUCAUGCGACGGAGUCGUGAUGGCCAUAUAAGCGCGUCGGGAAUGUUCAAGAUCGCCUUCCCCUGGGCUAAGCAUUCAGAGGAGUCAGAUGAGCGCGACUAUCUCCGGACGCGUCCUGAAACCAGUGAAGACGAGAUCGCAGGAAAUGUAUGGAUAUCGCCAGAACUAGCUCUUGAGCUAGCAAGGGAGUACGGUAUCGUGACCUGGGUUCGCGCUCUCCUAGAUCCAACUGAUAUUCUAGACCGCGGAGACAGUUCGUCGCCAGAUGCAGAGGCGAUCCCAGAACCUCCCAAGUUUGACUUGCCGCCACUUGACACUCCUCUCCUCUCCCCGCCUGAGGGAGAGACGACCACCCGCGGUAGGGGCAGACGAUCAGCCUCGCCAUCCAAGUCUGCCACUGGCCGGAAGAUUGCCAUUCCACGAAAAUCGCGAAGAGCGCAAAAGGAGUCCAAUGCCAAUGCUAGCAGUUCUCUUCAAAGUAGUCUAGACGCUGCUGCUGCUUCGCCCGCUCCCAAGAAACACGAUGAGGAAGAAGAUGAGGCUCCUGAGGCCAAUGGCCAUGAUGAGGAGGUAGAAGAGGAGACUACUCUUGUCAAGAGACCCAAGGAACGUGUUACUGUUGAAAUUGAAUCGAAAGUCGAUGUCGUUGGAGAAUCGGAGAGCGCAAUAACCAACGUCACCGUCAAGAUGCCUGCUGGCCUGGCCGAUUUGCCCAUGCCAGAGAAUACUGAGAAGAUGCUAGAAACGGCCAAGGAAAUGGUAGAAGAAGCUACCAAGCUCCAGGAGCAAAAUGAGGAGGAGGCUGAAGAACAGACUGGAUCUCCUUCGCCCAAGAAACUUUCCAGGAAACGAAAGGCUGAGGAGAUAGUGGUGGAAGAUGACGAAGAGGAGGCCGAGGAUCCUCAUGCCUUGAAGAGAGCUAAGAUACUUGAAGACAAGCUCAGGAACGAAAGAGUACGGAACCGUGCUCUAUUCGGUGUCACUGCCACUCUUGCUAUGGCGUAA